CAGAUGCAAAAGAAAUUGAACGAAUGAAGGUGUCUGAGUGAUUCGCGUAUUGGAAAAACUUCAGAAAAUUUAUAAAAUAUUAAAAAAGUGUAAAAAUAUAGAUAAAACUAUAGCACUAAAGCCAAAUUUUAUUUGUUUAUAAUAAAAAGAAAGUGAAUAUAAUUUAACUUAAGAAGAACUAUUUUAUUGUGCAAUUGGAAAAAAUAGUCUGUCUCUAGGAAAAAAAAAGUAUUGGCGUCAUCAUUUUAAGAAUUUUUUAAACCCACUGUAGAGACUGUGAAAUCAAUAAUAAUAAUAAAAAAAAACUUAAACAAUAGUGAAUUUUCUGGAUAAUUUGCCAAAAUAAAAAGAAUAUUGCAAACAUUUGUUUAAAAAACCAAAAAAAAAGAAGAAAAUUUUAGAAAAAAUCAGUUGAAAGCCUUUUUUGUUCAUAAUGCAUUAAAGGGGCUGGGGCUGCUUUUUUCCAACAACGACAACGACGAAGAAAAAAAAACGCAUUUUCAUCGUAGUUUUGUCUCCGAAAUGUUCAAAUAUUGGCAUCAUCAUCAAAUCCUAGACGAUCAUUGUAGACAAUUGGAUUCAACUUAAGGCAAAACUAAAUACCAUCACAUCAUCUGCAUACAUCGUCAUUCUUGUCAUCUGAUCAUAAGAGAAAGCUUGUAAACAGCUUACAAAUUAAGAGUAUUAUCAUUACACAAAACUAAUUUUGAAAAUCAUUGGCAGGCAGCUCAUAGAAUAAGGAAAUCCCAAGGCAAUUUAAUAAAGAACUGAAGAACGGAGUUAAGAAACCAAAAGACAUUCCAUUAUUCCCCCGUCCUCGAUUUAGUGUUUCUUGUUUUAAUAGCUCUCCUCUAAAUAAAUUUUAGAGGAGUUUCUUGGAAUGUUGGAAUAUCCUCAACGAUUUGCGCGUAAUAUCCCUGAACCCUCAACAACAACACAAAACAAUACACAUCACAGUCAUCAUUUGCAUCAUCAACAACCACAGCCACUGCCACAUCAAAACUAUCAACAACAACAGCAACACAUAGUUGUGGGAUCACAUUAUCAUCCACACUCGCAACAGCAGGGAUCUUAUCCAACAACACCAGCUUCACCGGCUCAUCAACCACGUUAUCCACAGCCACCACCACAGCAUCAUCAACGUAAUUUAUCGACGGCAUCUUCCUGUAGUGCUCAACAUAAAAGUGUCACCUUUAGUCAAGUAACAACUUCUAAUAGUGGCGAUUAUAGUGCUGGCAGUAGUAGCGGUAAUUCUAGUUGUGGUGGUCAACAAUCAAUGGCGGGCAAUAUGAAGCACGGAAAAUCACAAGAAGAUGUUUGCUACGUUGUAGCCAAAUACGAUUAUGCUGCUCAGGGAGCCCAAGAAUUGGAUUUACGAAAAAAUGAACGUUAUUUACUAUUAGAUGAUUCCAAACAUUGGUGGCGUGUACAAAAUAAUCGCAAUCAAUCGGGUUAUGUGCCCAGUAAUUAUGUAAAAAAGGAAAAACCAUCAUUAUUUGAUAGCAUAAAGAAAAAAGUGAAAAAAGGUUCAGGCUCGAAAACAUUACCCAAUUGUUCUCCAUCAAGACAAAUCGAAAGUCCAACAAUGUCGCGAAGACUGCCCCCAGAUCCAUCAGAGGCUAUUGGUUCAGCUAUUGUGAAAUAUAAUUAUCAAGCACAACAACCGGAUGAGUUGUCACUAACCAAGGGUACACGUAUACUUAUAUUGGAGAAAUCCAACGACGGUUGGUGGCGAGGACAAAGUGGUAAUGCCGUGGGCUGGUUUCCAAGCAAUUACACAACUGAGGAUUGUGAUAAUGAUGGUGAGAUACAUACAUAUGCAAUGGCUGAAAAUGUAUUAGAUAUAGUGGUGGCUUUAUAUAGCUUCAAUUCAAAUAAUGAUCAAGAAUUAUCAUUUGAAAAAGGCGAUCGUUUAGAGAUUGUUGAUCGUCCUGCCUCCGAUCCCGAUUGGUAUAAGGCACGAAAUAAUCAGGGUCAAGUCGGUUUAGUUCCACGCAAUUAUUUACAAGAGUUAAAUGAUUAUUUGGCCACACCCUAUCGCAAUAAUGGUGGGGCAGCGGGCAAUGGUAAUGCUGGUGGCAAUGGUGGUGGAGGUGGUGGUGGCAGCAUUGGUGGCGGUGCAAAUGCCAAUGGUGACUCAAUCGAUCGUCGGGCUGAUGGUAUGCCACAAAAUUCACCACCACCCAUGGAAAGGCCUAAUUUGGCGGGUAAAUCAUGGUAUUAUGGAGCUAUAACACGCAGUCAAUGUGAUACGGUCUUAAAUCAACACGGUCAUGAUGGUGAUUUUCUAAUACGUGACAGUGAAACUAAUAUGGGUGAUUACUCAGUUUCUCUUAAGGCUCCGGGACGUAAUAAACAUUUCCGUGUUCAUGUGGAAAACAGCAUGUACUGCAUAGGCCAACGUAAGUUUCAUACUUUAGAUCAACUAGUAGAUCAUUACCAAAGAGCGCCCAUCUAUACAAAUAAACAGGGUGAGAAAUUAUAUUUAGUACGACCGUUACCAAAAGCCAAUGGUACGUAAAUUAUUUAAUCCAAAAUUGCAAACAAAGAACAAAAACCUCAAUUACCCCCUUAUAUAAACAUCAAAGGUUUACACUGUUGUAAAAGGAAAUCAACAAACAAAUUCGAAAAGAAAGAACUUUUUUUUUUCAAAAACUAAACCUUAAAAAAGAAGAAAGAUAUACAUAUUCAAUACUUAACACGGAGAUACCAUUUACCAAUUACGCUAAAUAUGUUGUCACAAUAUCACCUUUAAACAGAAAAAAAGUAAAAAAUAAAAAAAAUUGUAGUUUUUCAAAACCAUACAACAAAA